AUGAUCUUCGCCGCCCCUCAACUGCAGGAAAAGUGUCAGCAGAUGUUGACCCACUUCUACUCUACCCUCGUGGAUCUGACGAAAGACUUCGACAUGGUGAAUCGUGACAGACGGUGGAAAAUUAUGCAAAAACUCGUCGGUCCCGAGCGAUUCACUCAGAUGGUGUGUCAGCUCCACGAUGGCGCGAGUCACGGACAAUACAGCUGUCUCAGAGGCAUUCACUGUGACCAACAGAGUGAAUCAGGGAUGCGUUCUCGCACCUAGCCUCUUCAGUCCCGCGUUCUCCUAGCCACUGGCAUACUAAUGGAUGCCUACCGUGACGAAUGCACUGGGAUCGGUAUCGCCUACAGGACGGACGGCCACCUACUCAAUCAGCGGCUGAUGUACUUCCAAUCGCGUAUUUCUCUUCGCCGACGACUGCGCUCUCAACGCCACCUCGGAAGGUGUCAUGCAGAUCCGCAUGGAUCGGGAGAAAUUUAUUAGAGGUCUGACAAUUCGUCUACCCAUCCUCAAAGACUGGGAAGCGAUUUGCACAGCUCUCCUUAUAGGGGGCAUUUUGUUUGUUGCCUGGUCUGCCAAUGCCGCCUGUGUGACUGCAUUCGUCCCGCAUGUCACCGUGACCUAAAUCGUCCCCGCCCUCGUCGACCGCGAUGAUGGUUUCCGCGCGAGGCUUCCCACUAUUCUCACGAUAGCUCGAAGCCAAUCAACAUUGCCCAUUCUCUGAUUGUCUGUUGGACGCUAACUGGGACAGAGCGAAAGGGGCACACACGCCCUUGGAGGCGGACGGGAGGGGGAGGAGACAAACUCAACGGCAGACAAUCAACUUGCCGGGAGGGACAGCUCGCGGCGACUGCUUGCAGGGCCUUCUGUACCCACCUCCUCGGCAGUAAAGUUUGUCCAGGGGGUGCGGAGUAGAGCGCCAAGGCGAGGAUCCGUCCGAGCCAUCCACCUUCGGCCUCCCUCGUCUCCGGUCUUCUUGACUCUGUCUUGACACCGGGCCCAGGCGGGGGGAGGAGAGAGUGUAGGUAGAUGCUACGAAAGUCUACUGACACUAUAAACCCCUGCGCAAGUCAUCGUCCCUGCUCCCACCGCUGCUGUGUACAACAUAAUGACUGUUGUAUACGAAUAUUACUCAAGUAUGAUGACAAUAUCAGUAGACAUGCCCGCGAUUUGCCAUACUUCCAUGCAGAACGCAGCGUAUAGCCUUGCGAACCAAAUGCGGUGAGAUGGAUGCAAAGAGUAGUGUCACGUCGAAGAACAUUAUCGCCUCUUGAAGCUCCACUUUGGCUCGCGGGAAUUAUUGAGGCGUUGAGAUGCCGAUUUUACUGACUUCCCGGCAGACUGGGCUGCCGCCUAGGGCUACGAGUAGUCGAGUCAAAAGGUGGGAUUUGUGGAUUUGGGUAACCCCUAGCAGUAGUUGUAGGAUGCCUUCGCUAUGCUACUGCAUGCCUAUGAUAAUUAACCGCCCACCCGCUUAAUCGAGGAUUGUUGCCCGCUGGUGCGCUAAUUGCUUCAUGACCGGCAUGCAAACUGCUAAUUGCUGAAAUCUCAUCACUCGUGUUGCAUGCUGGCGUGAUGAUUGCUCGGCCAUCUGGCUCACCGGCCUGCGGGCAGGGAGCGCAAGCAUGCACAAGGAUUGCAUCGCUCGGCAUGAUCUGAUGCCGUCUCUGAUGUGAACCUGAAAUGUCAGUCGGACAAAGUUCGCAUUUCCUCGGUUGCGUCUGCUCCGUCUUCCUGAAAUAAAAUAUUUAAACACAUGAUUGGACCUUGGCCUUCAAAUAUACCUUCUCAUGGUGAGGUGGGAGGAAGUAGAGAGCAUGUAUGUACAGGGACAGCCACAACCGGUCUUUGCUCUGCACUGAUCCAGACAACUCCGCCAUAAGACUUUAAUCACCUCUCCACACCGCUUGAAUGUCAAUAUGCUUCUACUAUAAUAAUUAUCGUCUUGCCACGUCUCACACUGAUCUGGUGGCAACUGGCCAAGACCCAUCUCCCCAAUGCUAAGCAAACUUUUGCAUUUUCGAGCGCGACUACGCAGCAUAAUGAUGGCUUGCUAUCUAAAAUCAAUGCCAGAUGUUAUAUCUCAGCGUAUCUGUUGCCGGUCAUAUACAUGGGUUCUUCAUGUUAACCUGGACUCCGUUUGAAUUUUGAUAAAAAUGAUUCUCCAAAUAAGACCCGAAUAUGCGCGCAAGCGCGUUCUCAAUACCAGCAGGAUCUUUCGGCGUGUUUGCAAGUUACUCUGCCUGCUUUAAUCUUCUCCCAUUUGUCCUCUCUGUCCACCAGUGCAUACUACCAAGCAUUCUUCGCACAGCUGCCCAUGUGUGUCGCACGUUAGACAGAGACGUCACGUCAUCUUAGCUACUAGUUCACGCCCACUGCCCCUGCCUGUCGCCACUCCGUCAUCUACUCCAUCAGGACAAUGGCUGGUUCGGUUAUUUGAAUGUGCCCCUACGAGACUGCGAGAUGACUAACUGGUAGCGUAAGUGCGCAAUUGACUGUGCACACGAAACCUGAACGGAAGAGUGCAGUUUAUGCUAAAGUCCCAGCAGCUCCACCAGGAUCAGUCUCCUAACUGGUUCAAUGCCUUUAUGGCGCAUGUCCAGUGGGAAAGUGGACAUGAGCGCAAUGCUGAUCGUCCUCUGGAUAUGUCACCGUCUUGUCUAAAACGCCGCGCAAUAUUCACAACGGACUGCAAUCCAUCGCCAGUCUCAUCAGCCAUUGACAAUAGUUCUGUUUGCGGAUCAUCGUCAGAGGCAACUUCUGGCUCAUAGAGGCCGAGCAGUAAUUUCGGUGCCUGGGGCGACCAGCCGACUGGUUAAGGAAAUUGCAGCCAUUAGCGAACUCCACCGUGUGUUGCACAGACUAAACGCAGCACUGACGAGGUUCGCGUGAAUCAGUUUAUUGUGAGGCAUACCUGCGCAACAUGCAUCCCACUCCCUCGCUCCCACACCCACCGGACCCCGAUGGAAAGACAAUGUCCAGAUGACCGGAGGUGGGAUCGGGCGAAGUGGUGGACAGAACUACAAACAGUCCGCCUUUACGUUCGCUGACGCGACCCGGUAGGGCAUCGCGUUGCGUGAAAGAACAUGCACCACACAAUCUUGAACGAUGCAUGUCCCGUCCAUGUGUCGGGUGAUGUGGAGUGAUGUGAUGCUGUAUGAAGACAGUACAUAUUUUGCCGCGUUCAACAUUUCCGUCAUCACUCCAAGGGAUGCCAUUGUAUCUGUUUUCGAUUCAGUGCGAAUCCGACGACGAUGCACCAGUGAAGCCAGUACAGCAUCGGUUUAUGCAAACGCACAGCGACAGCGAAGACGAGAAGCGAAGGACAAACGACAGAAGGAGACCAGUAAUGAACUCCCUCGAAGGCAGACCACAAUCGAGGCUCCCUGAAGACACAAGUCGGUACGAACACUAUAGUUCGACCGUCGUUGUCGACGAUGUCCACCUUGUGCUCCACAGCAACUUGAGAGCAGGGGAUGGUGACUUGAGCCCUGAAUUAGUUUAUAGUUAUAGCAGACUUGCACAGCGUCUAUUGCCCUCCCUCUCUUCCCCCUCCCUGCCUGGACCCCGUCUCAAGACAGAGCCAAGAAAACUGGGGGCGUGGGGGGGGGGGACGCAGGUGGAUGACGCGGUUGGUCCCGCACCCUUGCGCCCCACUCCACACCCCUGCUCCACACAACAAAUGACCAGCUUUUUGACCAAGGGCAACAAUGGAAAGGGGGAGCAGGGGCUUGAAUGAGCGCGACGUAUGUCGACAUCUGGGUCUGCCACCGCAUCUCCAAAGUGUUGGCAUUUGUUUUGGUGCGCAACUCCGAUAACGCCUGCCAGAAUUAGCUGUGGUGCCCGUGUUGAUCCAGCGCAUCUACCGCGUGGUCCGUUUGGGGGGCAUCGGUACGUACACAAUAAUUCGUCUCUAUCUCUUCACAAAAUGUCCAUCGAGUGGCCACAAAUGUCGAGGCUCACUGACGAAGUCAUAUAUUGAAAAAUUAAUGCAACUCCAACGCAGCAAAAAAAUGAAGGGUCUGGUGUUGUUUUGGCGGACAGGGCCAACUACAUUGCAAAAAUACAGUCAAUUGUUUAGGGACAGGAAAAUUUCCGAAAGGCAGAAAAUGAAAAGGAUCAAACAGAUGAGGUUGAAGCUCAGUUGAUCGACUGUUUGAAAAGACUUCAAACGAAUGGUUUCAUAAGUGAACACGACCUACAGCGUCUCCGACCCCUGGGCGCGCAUACAGCUCGGUUAUAUGGCUUGCCAACUAUCCGCAAGGAGGGCAGGUCGGUUCGUCCAAUUUGAGACAAGAGGAAAUCGCAAUAUUAUACAAUAGCAAAAGGACUAGCGGAGAAAUUGAAGCCCAUACAGUACCGGCUAGCAUUACAUAUCGAUACGGACCUUCGCGAUAUUGUAGAUUGUCCGCCCACAAAAGCCCAAAUGCGGCCUUAAACUAGGCACUCACCUGCCGCAUUUCAUUAUCAAGGCAAAAACGUCUGCAUCGUUUGAUUUCGAAGAGGACCUUGAUGGCAGGAAGUAUACGCAGCUCCACGAUGGCAUGAUUGCACGAGUCACAGACAAUGGAGCUGUCUCGGAGGCAUUCACAAUGACCAACGGAGUGAAGCAGGGCUGCAUCCUCGCGCCCACCCUCUUCAGUUUUAUGUUCUUUGCCAUGCUGAUGGACGCCUACCGUGAUGAACGCCCUGGGAUCCGUAUCGCCUACAGGACGGACGGCCAACCCCUCAAUCACUGGCGGAUGCACUUCCAGUCGCAUGUAUCCACAACUACCGUCCAUGAACUUCUCUUCGCGGACGAUUGUGCUCUCAACGCGACCACAUAAAGGGGCAUGGAUCUCUUCGCCGCCGCCGCCGCCGCCGCCGCCGCCGCCUGCGACAACUUAGGCCUGCUCAUCAACACCGAGAAAACGGUGGUUAUGCAUCAACCGCCAUCCGAGGCUGUCUACGUCACACCCCAACUCAACAUUGGUGGCGUCCAACUGUAA